AGGCUGUCUGGGUCUGCGUGUUGCACGGCGAGGGGCCGGAAGCGGAUGUCUAGGCCAGCGAGGCCACUUCGUGCCCAUCGAUGAGCAGUCCUACAUCCCUGUACCACCAGAGGUUUUGUGGAGCAAGCUGAGAGAGCGUUUGCCGUCCGAUGAGGAUGAGGCGAAAGAGUGGGACAAUCUUUGCUCAGCACUGCAAGAGCGCGUGCAUGCGGAGCUGCGGCCUCUGCGGAUGAGCCUCCGUGACGCCUACCAGCCCUUCGAUCCGGCCAGAAGGCGCUGGGUGGGCGCUUGGCCCCUGCCAGACAAGGAAGAGCACUUUGCGAGGGAGUUCCUGCGGGCCGCCUCGCUGGCGGGCUUCACGCCCCUCUCCCGCUUCGACUUGGAGAAGACCCGGGAGCUGAAGGCGGACCUCUUGUCGUUGCCUGUGACCAUCAACUGGGACCACCUGGACAGCCGCUGGAUCGAGUCGCUGCUCAAAGCCGAGGAGUCGCUGCCGGAGGCGCUGAGCGACUUCGGGGGCUACGUGCUGGCGCUGAAGCGGGGCCUCGCGGUCGAGCGGCGCAGCGGGCGGUGGCUCAUGCAGAAGCUGGAGUGCUUGCAAUCCCAGUGGCUGCUUAGAGUGGGAAGCCUUCUGCAGUCCCUGUUGCAGGGUUUCAUCCACCUUUCCGCCAAGGCCUGGAACCACGCCCUGCCAGCCGCCAGGGACUGGGCGGAGACGCGGCACGCGGCCGCCUUCAAGCAGACAGCCAGGCUGCUGCGCGCGGCAGGGCGCCAAGGCGCGCAGCUGGCGCCCUUGGCGCGGGAGGCCAUGCGGAGCUUGCGGAUGCGCAUCUCUGGCACCCAAGUACUGCGUCGGCUUCAGCCCAACUCCUACCGCUACGCCCAGUGGAUGUUCGGGGACGUCUUCAAGAAGCGGCUCUCCACGGAGCGCGCGGCGCUGAUCGAGCGCCUGGCCAGGGCCUGGGAGCAGGAGGUGACGCUGCGGGGCCGCUAUCACAAGCCCAUGGCCUCGGAGCUGGGCCGUUCCGCGCUGGAGUCAGGGAACUUUCUGGAGCGAGUCAGCGUGGAGCACCUGCCGGUGAGCCUCGGCUCCCUGCUGGCGCCCGCGGAACUCCAGGAGCCCCAGUUCCAGGAGAUCCUGAUCGUCUACCGCCUUGGAGGGGGCGACGCAGAUGCACCGCGCCCACCCCCACGCCGGGAGAUCUGCAUCCGCCGCUUCUUUGAGGUAGCGAUGAAGGACAUCAAGCUGGUGCUACCCCAAGAGGCCUGGCGAGUGCGGGGCCGACCGCUGGACAUGAUCAGGGCGGAUCUCAUCACCAUGGUGGGCAUUUUGGGGGUGCUGCUGCAUCUCUUCGGUGACGCCAACAAGUGGCUGGCUUUGGUGCCAGCCAUCACGUUGCUCAGCGUCCGAACCUUUUCCAACUACCGCAGAGUGGGCGUUGGAUCGAAGUCCCGAGUCUCCUCCAUGCUCUUCGACCGCUGCUUGGACAAGGACGCCGCGCUGAUGCGGCUGCUGCCCGACGCCGCGGAGGCGCAGGUCUUCGCGGAGUGCGUUCUGACUUAUUGGGCGCUGAUUGCAGCCUCCGCAGAGAGGCAUGAUGAGCCCAAGCCGACCAUCGGCAAGGAGGAGCUCACGUGGCGCGGCGCGGAGGUGGUGGCCGAGCUGGUGGAGGAGGUUGACCUUCCGAGGGCUGGCAUCAGUCCCAACUUCGACGGAGCGCUGAAGCGUCUUGUGCGCUGGGGCCUGAUCCAGGCGGAGAAAGAUGGGUUCUGCCUGACCGCAUCCAGGCACUUGGCCUCAGCCACCGCGAAGUUGCGAAGGGCACGCAGAGGCGACAUCCUCUGGGAGGGGCUCUGAAGCGAGCGGCGAG